CUAUAAUCUUAUACAUUCGAUUAUUAUUACGUUAGGUAGAAUUUUGUGGCCAGAAGAUCAAAUUCUCCUGCUGGAAGUUUUGUACCUCCUAUUUACGUACUUCAUCUCGAAAUAAUCAGGAUAACCAGCAAAUUAAAAAGAAAAACAUAAACCAGUCAAGGAAAACAAUCGCCGAGCUGAAAGACAUGCAUUCCAAAUCGUAUCUUCAUUUCAUCAUUUUUAUUGGGUUUCUUGGCAUCUCAGUUGAUGGAUUCCAUGUGAAUAAUUCUGACACGCAUUCCAUAAGUGGAUCAAUUCGUUCUACUGAUCUUCCUGAAAACACAUCUGAUUCACUAUCAGAAUCUUUCAUCGACCUGAUUAAACAGUUAACGGUCAUACAAGUUCAUUUGGAAACCAAGACUAGAGAUAUGGAAAAACGAAACAUUGAAUUGAGUCUGAAAGAAAAAGAGGCAAAAAAACGAGAGGCAGUAGUAAAUCAAAAGGAAGACACAAUCAACGAAAAAGAAACUGAAGUCAAAAACAACGAACAAUUGUUGAAAACACGAGAAAAACAGUUGAAUGAAAAAGAGAACAAAUUGGAAAAAUCGAAUGCAGAUGUGAGGAAGCAAAUAGAGCAAUUGAAACAGAAGGAAGAAAAUAUUGAGAAAACUGAAACUGAAAUCAAAAAGAGAGAAGAAACUUUGAAAAAACAAGAAGAAAUAUUGAAGCAAAAAGAAAACAAAACCUGUUCAGUUUCUUGGGUUCGUGCAUCUAAUGGUAAACCUGCAAAUGCACUUGUAGGAGGACAAGACGGAAGAGUAACAUUAUAUGUUGGGCGAGCUAACCAUAACGGUUCCCUGAUUCCUGGUAAUGUAUAUGAGGAUUGUAUGUAUAUUGCAGAUUAUGGGCAUGAAUAUAAAUACUGCAAUUACAGUUAUGAAGUUGCUACAUUUGAUGAAAAAAAUAUCUGUCGAGUCUGUUGGGUCAAGGCAUCCAAUGGUAGUGUCCCUACAAACGCAAUUGUAGGAGGAUAUGACAGUCAUGGAGAAGACUUGUAUAUCGGAAGAGCGGUUCAGAACAGUCCCUUGAAUCAAUUGAUUCCAGGAAAAGUACAACGCAGUCGUCAUUGCUUGCUCAUUUCAUAUAAUACCCUUGAACAUUGUCACACCGAGUAUGCAGUUGCGGUAAUCGAAUUACAUGGCUAAUGCCAUACAUAAGUUCAACAAUUUUCCAAAAAAAAAUCCUACCUAAGAGUUAACCUAGAAAAUCAUGUUUAUGGUUAUUACGAAAAACUAUCUUGUCAAGGUUCAAAAAAAUAAAAUAAGAAAUGGUUUAAAAAACUA